GGCUCAAAUAUUCGGCUCAGGCUAUUUAUCACAAGUUAUAACGACGCUUGGAUGAAAAUCUGAAGAGGGGAGAAAAAAUAGUGACAUCUUCAGUUAAUCUUGUCAACGGCGGAAGAGAGAGAUAGAGCAACAGAAGAGCAGAAGGAGGAGAAUACAUUGGGAACAUUGGUUUCAGAAUUAAAGCUGCAGGCGAUCUGCUAAAGAGCAAGGUGUCCUGGGCAAGCACUGCGCGAUAGGGGGAUACGCGUAAAGAGAGAAGAAACUCACGAUGGAUUGCAAAAUUCCAGAUUUUGCUGGUACUUGGAAAAUGAAAAGUUCCGAGAACUUCGAGGAGCUUCUCAAAGCAUUGGGUGUUAACGUGAUGCUGCGCAAGAUUGCGGUUGCAGCGGCAUCCAAGCCAUCUGUGGAGAUCACGCAGGACGGAGAGACCCUGUCAAUUAAAACCUCCACCUCUGUUAGGACCACCCAUGUCACCUUCACCGUAGGACAUGAGUUCAACGAGGCCACCGUGGAUGGACGUCCAUGCACGAGCUUACCUCGAUGGGAAACGGACAGGAAGAUUAGUUGCGAGCAGACUUUACAGAAGGGCGAGGGGCCGAAAACCUCAUGGACCAGAGAGCUGACCAAUGACGGAGAACUGAUUCUGACCAUGACUGCAGACGACGUCGUGUGCACACGAGUUUAUGUUAGAGAGUGAAAGUAGGAGGAAAAGGGAAGAUCACUCACUCCCCUAGUUAUCCACACCAUCUAUGACUGAUUUCAUAUAAUCAAUUUCCUCCUACCCAUGAUAUCAUCCAUCACACAGUGUAUUUGAGUAAUACAUCAGAGAGCCAAAAAGCACUUUUAAUUUUAAUCCUGGAUGACAGCUGCCUGCAUGUCAAAACCCAAGCCCUGGUAACCUGCCUUUGGUAAACCUGUCUGUCAUAAUCACAGUUAUCAUUAAGAAUGUGAGUGUGUCUUUGUAUUAUAUGCUGUCUAAAUAUGUUAUGUCUGUAGUUUAUUCACUUUUUUAGUCUUAUCAGUUCUAUUAAACUUCCAGUUCAUUGCUAAUGUUUUGUAAAUAUAUUUUAGUAAAACCUGAAGUUAAGGUUUUCAUCCCGAAUAUCUUUUCAUUGUGUUUUUAUAUAAACAAAUUCAUAAAUGAUAUCUGUGCAUGCUCAAUAAAGGUUACUGUUAACUCUUACAACA